AUGGCCGGAGCCGACGGAGACGAUUCUCUCUAUCCGAUUGCAGUUCUCAUUGACGAACUGCGGAACGAGGAUGUUCAGUUGCGACUGAACAGCAUAAAAAAGCUGUCCACUAUUGCACUGGCGCUCGGCGUGGAGCGAACUCGCACUGAACUGCUUCCCUUCCUCACAGACACCAUCUACGAUGAAGAUGAGGUGCUGUUGGCUUUGGCCGAGCAGCUUGGCAAUUUCACAAUGUUGGUGGGAGGGCCAGAGUACGUCCACUGUCUCCUGCCACCCUUGGAGAGCCUAGCAACAGUAGAGGAGACAGUCGUUCGAGACAAAGCAGUGGAGUCUCUGCGCAAGAUCUCUCAGGAGCAUUCUCCAGUUGACCUGGAGGUCCAUUUUGAACCCUUGGUCAAGCGUCUGUCUUGUGGUGACUGGUUCACCUCGCGCACAUCUGCCUGCGGCCUCUUUAGCGUCUGUUAUCCCCGUGUUUCCAGCACUGUCAAGGCUGAAAUUCGCCAGCAUUUCCGCACCCUUUGUUCAGAUGACACUCCUAUGGUCCGACGUGCAGCUGCUUCCAAACUGGGCGAGUUUGCCCGAGUGUUGGAGUUGGAUUAUGUUAGAAGUGACAUCAUAUCCCUCUUCACAGCCCUGGCGUCUGAUGAGCAGGACUCUGUGCGGCUGCUGGCCGUGGAGGCUUGUGUCAGCAUCGCCACUUUGCUGCCUCAAGAAGACCUGGAGACCCUGGUCAUGCCCACCCUGCGACAGGCAGCUGAGGACAAAUCCUGGAGGGUCCGCUACAUGGUGGCCGACAAAUUUUCUGAGCUUCAAAAGGCAGUAGGCCCAGAAAUCACAAAGAAUGACCUAGUCCCAGCUUUCCAGAACCUUCUUAAGGACUGUGAGGCUGAAGUCCGUGCUGCUGCAGCUAACAAAGUCAAAGAAUUCUGCGAGAAUCUCCCAGAGGACAAUCGUGAGCAGAUCAUCAUGACUCACAUCCUACCUUGCGUCAAGGAACUGGUUUCAGACACCAACCAACAUGUGAAGUCAGCACUGGCCUUGGUCAUCAUGGGACUUUCUGCCAUUCUGGGCAAGGAUAACACAAUAGAGCAUUUACUGCCUCUCUUCCUGGCUCAGCUCAAGGACGAGUGCCCCGAGGUACGUCUCAACAUCAUCUCCAAUCUGGAUUGCGUCAACGAGGUGAUCGGCAUCCGUCAGCUGUCUCAGUCGCUCCUGCCAGCCAUCGUGGAGCUGGCUGAGGACGCCAAGUGGAGGGUCCGCCUGGCUAUCAUCGAAUACAUGCCCCUGUUGGCGGGUCAGCUGGGAGUGGAGUUCUUCGACGAGAAGCUCAACACUCUUUGUAUGGCCUGGCUUAUUGACCACGUGUACGCCAUUCGAGAGGCUGCCACCUGCAACCUGAUGAAGCUGGUGGAGAGGUUUGGAGCCGAGUGGGCGCAGAAUACAAUCGUGCCAAAGGUUCUGGGUAUGGCCAACGACCCCAAUUACCUCCACAGGAUGACCACUCUUUUCUGCAUCAAUGCGCUGUCUGAGGCGUGCGGUCAGGACAUCACCACCAAGCAGAUGCUACCCGUGGUCCUCAAAAUGUCCAAUGACCAGGUGGCCAACGUGCGUUUCAACGUAGCCAAAUCCCUGCAGAAAAUCGGACCCAUUUUGGACGGCAGCACGCUGCAGGGUGAAGUGAAGCCAGUGCUGGAGAAGCUGGCCACCGACACAGACAUGGACGUCAAGUACUUUGCCCAGGAGGCCAUCAGCGUUCUCUCUCUGGCCUAA